UUCAGAUGUAAACAUACGCCACAUGUACGUGUAAGGACGCCGGUAACCCGAGCUAUCACAAAAGACGCGUGUACUCGUCAAAAAAGAGACGAAUCAAAGAGACAUUAAUAUCAGUCCGCUGGAGAGAAGUUUAUGUAAGACACGAAAAUUUACCUCUGGUCAAAUAAUCCCAUUAUGAGUGAUAACGCACAGAAAGUUGACAAUGUUGUCCCAUCCUUCAGGCGUAAACAGGUGUUUAUCCUUGACUGUGCGUACUGUGAUUCCACUAUUUGUAGACGAGCGAUGAAAGCAGUGCUUUUGGCAGAUUCUCAAACUGAACUGUUCUCAACUGAUAUUCAAGAAGAAGGGGCUGUGGAUGUGACAGAUGAGAAGUUUUAUACAGACAACUGUGACUGUCUGAUAGAACACAUGGCGUGUACAGUGUGUGGUAAUGUUGUUGGGUACCAUGUCCGAAUGCCCUGUCUCAAAUGUAUAAAGUCCUGUAACAAUGGCCAUAUGUGGAUGUUCUACAGACAUGCAAUCAUACCCCUGGAUAGACUCAAUGCACAAGGGGAGAAGGUGAUGCUUUGGGGAGACAUUCCUACUGGACACCACAACCAUGCUGCUGGGAUGCUGGAGGAUGAAUGUUGUCGCUAAGCACACAACAAUCGGAGGUCAAGAGUUGUUGCUGGGGAACCUAACCACAUGACAAUAGGAGGAUGAGUACUGUUGCUAGGAAACCUAACCACAGAACAUUUCAGAGGUGUGCUGUUGCAAGGAACCUAACCAACAGACAAAGGGAGGACAAGUGCUGUUGCUAAGGAACCUAACCAUAGGACAAUGGGUUUCUCUUCACAAUGUCACUAUGUACCACAGGAAGAAUGUUGUCUAGAUAAUCAGAGGACUAGUGAUGUCUCUAGGACCCAACAGACAAGAUGAUGUCACUAAGUAAUCAGAAGACAAAUGUUGUCUCAAGGCAACAGAAGAUGAAUGUUGCCACAAAAUAAAACUCUCCAUGUGUUGCUAAAGAUCCUCUGCGUGUUGUCACUAGAUAACCUCAGGAUUAGGAUGGUUGCUAAAAACAACUUUGGCAUAAUCUCCAGGCAUAUGCAAUGAGGAUCGAGGCUGGACACACUUAAAGAGGUGAAAAGGACUGUCUGGAUCGCCAUUCCUAUGUACAACAGGAACUAGACAUUAAGACAAAAGAAAAUCCAACAGACUGUUUCCUUGUUUCUACCAUACCUUCCUGCAAAAGAUGAUCACAUUUCGUUAAAGUUUAAUGAAAGUGCUAUUUUUGUUUUUCCACUAACAUUUUUACUCGGUCUACUGUUGUACUGAGAUUAGCUAUUUGCAGGACAGUCACUGUUCUAUUUGGAGCAAAGGACAAAAAGUGUUGACAUAACUACCCGAGUUGGAGGCUGGUCAGAUGGCACUUGCUCUUUUUUUUUCAAAUAAUAAUAGUUCUUCUAUUCAUAUUGUUAUUUAUUAUAUUUGUUAUUUCUCCCUGCAUCAAGAUCAGGCAAAACUGAGUCUGUACAAUCAUGCCUUUUUUCAAGGGAGGACAGUUGGGUCAUUUGCUGCUUGCUUGGAUACUGAUGACUACUUUGCAUCAGAAAAUGGGAUAUAUGAACAGAAUGAAUCAUAACAGGCAAAAGGGCUACUUAUUUGUAGUGUUGACUGGUCUCACCCUCAUUUAGGACACAUGUGAAUGAAUCACACCCCUAUGGUAUCCAAUACAACAUUCUCAUUACUCCUGGGGUUGCAUUCAUUUUCACUUGGCACACCUGGAUCCAUGGAGCAUGCAGAAACAAAGCCACAUUCUUAGGAAUUCUUAUAAUAUACCCACAUUAGGAGUCAUUUAUUUAAAGCAAGAUACUCCAGUAUAAUACCUGGUACAUUUUUAUGAGUGGAACAAUAUCACUAAAGGUGUUCAUACUACAUAUUUAUUUUACAGAAGGUUCUCAUUAGUAACUUGACAAGCAUUGUGUCAAUUUCUAUUGAGUAAAUCAACAUGAUGCUGGGUAUUAUGAUAAUUGUUUAUAUGUCCACAUUUCUACAGUACCCAAUGGGACAGCUCUGUAGUUUAUAUUGCUUCUCAUUCAAUUGUCUCCUAUAGAUUUAAGUUUUCUGUAUAGGCUAUACCCACUUUUGAAUUCUAGCAAUCCUGUUGUACUCGGGUGUUGGUACAGUAGUAAAAUGAUAAGAAAAUGAUACAACUUCCAUCAAACUUUAGGAACUGGAUUAAUGGGAACUGUCAUCAAAGUGUUUCUAGUCAAACCAAUCACUGCGAUGAGUAUAUAAUGACUAAUAACUAUCUGGAUAUGUAUGGGAUAGCAUACUGGUAUGGCUACUUCCUAUUUUGCUGUAUUACACUUCAAUGUUGAAUUGCCUUUCUUUGCUUCAUUGUUUUCUUUAACUUUUAAAUUAGUUUUUUUUUUCAUGAAAACUGCGAGAAAUGGGCUGAAGUGGCCAUCUGUUAAAACAAACUGAUACCUAAUUUUGUGAGAUCUUGAUGCAGAGAAAAACCUUAUUGUGUUCUGUACCGAAACUAAUACAUUUGUACAAAUGUAAUCAUUGCUUUGGCAGCUACAAACUUAAUUUGUCAUACCUUCUUAGAACUGAUUCAUGUAUUAGUAGACAUACACGAGUCUGAUUCAUGUAUUAGUAGACAUACACGAGUCUGAUUCAUGUAUUAGUAGACAUACACGAGUCUGAUUCAUGUAUUAGUAGACAUACACGAGUCUGAUUCAUGUAUUAGUAGACAUACACGAGUCUGAUUCAUGUAUUAGUAGACAUACACGAGUCUGAUUCAUGUAUUAGUAGACAUACGUGAGUCUGAUUCAUGUAUUAGUAGACAUACACGAGUCUGAUUCAUGUAUUAGUAGACAUACACGAGUCUGAUUCAUGUAUUAGUAGACAUACACGAGUCUGAUUCAUGUAUUAGUAGACAUACACGAGUCUGAUUCAUGUAUUAGUAGACAUACGUGAGUCUGAUUCAUGUAUUAGUAGACAUACACGAGUCUGAUUCAUGUAUUAGUAGACAUACGUGAGUGAAGAAUGCUGUGUUACAUUGUUUGAAGUAUAUAAUUAUUAUUUAUCUGCAUAUUUGUGAUAACAACUGGCAGUAAAUGUGUUUGGUAUACUGUAUAAUAGGAUAUGUUUGUGUGUAGUUUCUUUUGUGGUUUGGAGCUUUCAAGUUAUUUGAUGGGUACAAACUUUAGUGGUUGACCAAGGCAGUAAUAAUAUAACAAUAAUGCAUACAACAAAAUUGGUUUAUACUCUACAAACGUUCUGUUGUUGAUACAAAUCAAAUGUAAUUUGUAUUAUAUAAUGCAUACAAAAACUUGGGAUCUUGGAAAAGUUUCAUUUCCUGUGAGAUUUGACAAACAUGUUUUCACUUUAGUAAGGCUCUGCUAUUCUAAGAGAUUAAUAAAAGUAGGAGUUUGUUAAAUGUCAAUUCCGAGAUGUCAUAAUUUGUCUUCAAUGUGAUGUCAUAAUAAAAUUAAGUGUCAUUAUGCAAGUCAGACGGAACCUUCAUUCAAACAUUUUAAUGAUUAUAAACAUUUAGUUUUGUGAUACUUUGAACACAUAAUCACUACCUAGGUUUGUUUUUCAAUGAUUCCCUUGGAGGUAUGCCCCUUUGAAAUCUUCAUACAAAGAGUAACACAUCUAACUGGAUCAUUGUAUAUGAACUGUUAAGGUAUUUGUUAAGGUAUUUGUGCUCCUGAGAUUUAUUUUUCAUUCCAUUCUUUCCUGGGAAGUGAGCCCAUAUAUUUACAUCAGGGGCUGCAAUAGCUCAGUCAAUUAGAGCGCCAGCAAUGUAACUUGAGGUAAAGAUCCAAGGUGCGUGGUUCGACACUCCCUACCUGUGUCGGUUUGUAUUUCCUCGUGGCAGCCCUGUCUGUGCUGUUGUGGUUGUGUCCUUGGGUAAGACAUUUUACCCCAAUUGCUCUGGAUGGUAUGCAACAGCCUCUGUAUGUUGUUAAAUGAGGUAGUCACCAACUACUACAAGGAGACCCUGCCUCGAAAUUAUCCUGGCUAUUUACAGGGUGAUAAACCCAGCAAACAAACAAUGCCUAUAUAUACAACAUCCUGAUGUGAAGAAAGGAAUAUCAUUAAGUCUAGUUUCAUAUUAAUGAAAACUGUCUGUUUUAGUAAACAUAAUAUUUCAAAUAAGGUUCUUAUAUGUUUUGUAUUGUAGGAUUUAUCCAUGUGAUUUGUAGGGUAGCAGAAUUCAAACAUUUUUCAUGUCAUCUGUGUUUUGUUUUGUUGGAUGUUUGUGGAUUUGUGUCUUUGAAAACAAAGAGACCCUGCACUGCUGUGAUUGCUAUAUACCAUUAUUAUAUAAUACUGCUGUUAGUUUACAUAUACAACCAAGAGUUGAUGUCAAGUCUAUGGAACAAGUUCCAAUAUAUUGUUUAUUGAAAAUAAAUUAUUACUGAUAAACAAAAAAUGUUUUUCAAUGUUGAUAUUUUCAGUACUAUAAAACUUUUAUCUAACUAUAAUAAAUUUAAUUCUUACAUACAUCAACAGUUGUACAGAAACCUGUUAACACCAUAAUGCAAUGUUUCAAUGGAUUGAUUUUUAAAAUCCUAUCAAUAUAUAAAGCCAGCAUUACAUUCCAACUGAGCAUUGACAGUUCAUUAAUGCCACAAUCAAGAUGUCCAUCCAGCUGAACAAAAAAUAGUUAAUUCACACCAGAUUAUGUAGCUUAUAUCACAUACGGUAUAGAGUAAUCCUUCACAGGAUUAGUGAAAGUUCCACAGUACCUACAGUUCCCAAGGGAUGGUAUACAAUCAAUUAUCUAAGUUCAUACAUCAAUAUAUUACCAUAGUAACAAAUGUACAUGUAAACACACAUACA